CAGCUUUAAAUAUAUAUUGAACAAAUUUGGGAAUAAUCUUACUUUGUAAAAAGCAAUCACAUUACUAAAUUAUUACAGAACGGAUUAUAAAAUUAACGAUUUAAAUAUCCAUAGACAUAUAAAUGUAUAAAAAUCUAUACUAUAAGAAACGUUUUUAUAUUAUGAAUUAAAUAAUAAUUACUGUAAUGAGUACUUUCAGUGUAAAUUUAUCAAUACCUUUCCCAUCAGGAAGGGAAGCAGAAAUUGCUUAUCAGGUAUUAAGAGUUGAUAAAGAGCCCUCAAGAGGUAGUAUUGCAAAGAGUUUGACACUCGAUAAUAAUUUAUUACAAAUAUCAAUUUCUGGAACAGAAGCACGAAAAGUUAGAGUGGCAUUAACUUCAUUUUUUGAUAGUUUAAUUUUAGUAACAGAAACUAUGCAACUUUUUGGCCCACCUGUACCUACUUAUAAUUAUUAUUAAGUACAUAUUUAUUGU